AUGGAUUCCGAUGAUGGUAUGCUCUUGAACUUUUCAGUUUCUGAUAAAAGUGUCAGUAAACCUUUAAGUAAUAAGAACGUAAAAGUUACGGGAGGUAGAUGGAAAGAUAGGAGAAAACUUCAGUUAUCUUUGCAGGGAAGAGGUAGGCAAAAGAAGAAAGAUAAAGAGGCGAGUGGUGUUAAUUCUAUACCAGUAAAGCCUUCCUUGACUGAACGUGUUCCAGGAAGCUCAAAUAAUUCUGAAUCAAAGCGCGGUUUUGAGGGGCCUGAUUCAAGCUCAAAGAGAAGGCAUAAAGAAGUCAGAGGGGAGUUUGGGGGAAAAAACAAUACGUAUGUUUCAUCUUUAUUCACAUCUAACGGGCCUAUUUCAAGCUUGUUACCCACUUCUCAGAAAGAGGGGGAUUCACUUGGCCCGUCUAAUGCACCUUUAAAAGAUUCUUCUUCAUUCCUUGGGUUGGGCUUAAAUGAGAAGCUAUCAAAUCACUUAAAGGAAGUUUUGAGGUUUACUACUCCUACAAAGAUUCAGAGCACAGUAAUUCCAAAGAUUCUUUCCGAUAAAUGUGAUCUUAUAUUGCAAGCACAGACUGGUUCUGGUAAAACUCUUUCCAUCGCCCUUCCAAUUAUACAUAGAUUAAUGCAGGUAGAAAAGCAUCCUAUAACACGUACCUCUGGAUUGUUGGCCAUCAUACUUACUCCUACAAGAGAAUUGGCUACCCAAAUCUAUGGAGUUUUAGAGUCUUUGACUAGAUGCUGUCAUCAAAUAGUUCCCGGUAUUGUUAUUGGUGGAGAAAAGAAAAAAUCUGAAAAGGCAAGAAUUAGAAAAGGUGUUAAUAUCUUAGUAGCCACACCAGGUCGGCUUGCUGAUCAUUUAGAGAAUACAAAGACAUUAGAUGUAAGCCAGUUGAGGUGGCUAGUUUUGGAUGAAGGUGACAGGUUGGUCGAAUUAGGCUUUGAAGAGACCAUUACCAAAAUUACCGAUAUAAUCACGGAAAAAUCACUUAUCAGAGAGACUCGUCACAGCUGGGAAAGUUUACCCAAUAAAAGGAUCAACAUUUUAUGUUCUGCAACCAUGCAGAAUGUAGAGAAGCUAGGCAACAUGGUUUUGAACGACCCAGAAGUGGUUAGUGCUGAAAAGAACGAUGGUUCUUCAAAUGGACUUGAUUUACAUCAAGCUCCAGAUCAGUUGAUUCAAAAUAUAGUUGUUGUUCCUCCAAAGUUGAGACUUGUUACUUUGGUGGCUGAGUUGAAGAUUCUAAGUUCGUCCUCUUUAGUGCGAAAACAGAAGUCAAUGAUAUUUUUUUCCUGUUCUGACUCUGUUGAUUUCCACUUCAGUGUUUUCACGAGAGGCGGAUCUACAUUGGGAAAGGAUUUUGGAAAGGAUGAAAAAGUUGGAAAAGAAAAUGCAAAAGAGCUGGUCACCAUGCGGACUGCUCCAGUCAUUGCCCAUAACGUUGCCUUUUAUAAACUUCAUGGCUCCUUGUCGCAAAAGGAGAGAAUAGACACUCUUCAAGGGUUCAUACAAAGUAGAUUUGAACAUUCCAUAUUAUUGUGCACAGAUGUUGCUUCGCGAGGAUUAGAUUUACCUCAUAUUUCAACAGUAAUUGAAUAUGAUGCACCUUUUGCAAUUGAAGAUCAUUUGCACAGAAUUGGUAGAUCUGCGAGAGCAGGAAAUGAAGGAUCAGCACUAUUGUUCUUGUUGCCUGGGCCAGAGGAGGAAUAUGUUGACAAGAAAGUCAAAAGCGUCCAUCCCCAUUCAGCAAACAUAAAUAUUAUAUCUUACUCUGAACUAUUGAAGAAUGGCUUUGGAUCGUUAGAAGUAACCAAAGAUGAUUCCAAAAAGAAUGCGCCAAGACGGCAUGAAGGUGAUUGGGACACACAUGCAACUACUUGGCACUUAGAUGUUGAAAGAUGGUUAUUAGAAGAUCAUGAAGCUCAUAGUCAAUCCGUGCAAGCAUUCACGUCACAUAUAAGGGCAUACGCAACUCACUUAUCAUCAGAAAGAGCCUUUUUUAAUGUCAAGAGGCUCCAUUUUGGGCACUUGGCCAAGAGCUUUGGUUUACGAGACACGCCAAAGGCAUUAGGAAAAUUUGUAACCAAGAAAGAUUCUGAUAAUACACAAGCAUUGAAGAAAGAGUCAGCUAAAAGUAAGAUGCUAAAAAUGGCUAAAUUGGCUCUCAAGUCAUCGAGCAAUGAAUUUAAUUACUAA